UCUGUCAUGGCGGCAGUCUUUGAUUACAAACACACAUGAGUUUGUGCGGACGCUACUACGCAUUGCACGUAUUGCAGAGACUUCUCAAAAUAAAAUAAGUCACAAAGAUCCAAGAAGGACUGUAAGAACAAGAGCACAAGAAACGUCUGGACAGGCACAUUUAAACGAAAGGUUCAAGCAAAACAACAAGGUCCGUGCUUUGGUAUUGUGAUGAGUUCUUCACCCCUAGAGGCUCUGUUCAGAAAACACGGAGUUAGCACUCUCAUUCCUAACGUCUGAAACGCUCAAAAGCACAGCCAGCCAAGUGCAGAGGAAGAAAAGCCACAUACACUGACCUCUGAAGACAGAAUGUCAGGUGCUGGACAGACCAGCGAUGGUGCUGCUGGACAGGAGGCAGAGGCUGAUGGAGAACCUCCUCACCAGGAACAGGUGGAAGCAGAUGAGGAAAUGCCACCAGCAGCUAAACAGCCCAGGAUGGAGCACGAAUGCCUUGAUUUACACAUGACAGAGACGCAUGCAGUGGACAUGUCUGGAAGCCAGGGUUCUGCCGAGAUCAGUGAAGUGGUUCAUCCAGAUACUGAAACAGGAAGUGCUGUGGAAACGGAGGUAGAAUGGAAUGAGAAUAGAGAUGAGAACAAAGAAGCGCUUGCACAGACUGAGGAAGAAAGAGCAGAUGUGCCUGAGGAAAAGAGUCCAGAGGACAUUUCUGCUGUGCAAAACUAUCAUAGCCUUGAGUUUAGCCAGAAUCCACAGAUGCUGACGGGCUCCUGGACCGAAUAUACCCAUACUACUGAGAAUUACUUAAGAGGCUGCAAAUGGGCUCCAGAUGGUUCCUGCAUUGUCUCAAACAGUUCUGAUAAUGUUCUCCGUGUGUUUAACCUCCCACCAGAACUGUAUAGCAGCCGCUGGGACAUGCUGUCUGAGAUGAGUCCAGUGCUAAAGAUGCCAGAAGGAGACACAAUUUAUGACUACUGCUGGUUCCCAAAAAUGAGCUCUAUGGACCCAGACACAUGCUUCAUUGCCAGCAGUAGUCGGGACAACCCGGUUCACAUAUGGGACGCUUUCUAUGGGGACCUCCGUGCAUCGUUUCGACCCUACAACCAUCUGGACGAACUGACGGCAGCCCAUUCCCUGUGUUUCUCACCGGAUGGCUUGCAACUCUACUGUGGUUUUGAUAAAAUCGUAAGGGUCUUCCACACCGACCGUCCUGGGAGAGAAUGUGAACAAAGGCCUACGAUUGUCAAGAAACAAGGUCAGACGGGUAUCAUCUCCUGUAUUGCCUUCAGUCCAUGUCAGUCCAUGUACGCAUGCGGUUCGUAUUCCCGGUCAGCUGCCAUUUACUCUUGUGAGGAUGGCUCUCUGCUGGCUCUUCUGCCCACCCGACACCAUGGAGGCCUUACACACCUGCUCUUCUCACCUAAUGGCUAUCACCUAUUCACAGGUGGACGCAAGGACUCCGAGAUCCUGUGCUGGGAUCUUAGAGAACCGGGACGGGUUCUAUUUUCCAUGCACAGGAGCGUCAAUACCAACCAGCGUAUCUACUUUGACCUUGACAGAUCUGGCCGGUAUCUGCUGAGUGGGGACACAGAUGGUGUAGUGUCUGUAUGGGACACCCUCACAGCGCCACUUGAAGGAAAUGAGGAGGUACUGCAGCCAGUACUGCAGUUUCAGGCACAUACAGAUUGUGCAAAUGGCAUCAGUUUACACCCUUUCAUGCCAUUGGUGGCGUCCUCUAGUGGCCAGCGUCAGUUCUGCUGGCCAUCUGACAGUGAGGAAGCAGAAUCUGAUUCAGAAGAGAGCCAUGUGAUCUCUUCAAAUGCCAUUCGACAAGACAAUGCUCUAGUGCUGUGGUGGGCCGGCCCAGUGGGCUCAACCAAUGAGAGGGAGCAGGAGGAGGAGCCAGAAGUACUUUGAUCAAAAUGAGUAAUUUGACAGAACUGUAACCUACUGCCAGUCUAAUAAUAAUGAUUGUUUUCAAGAUUGUAAUUGUUGCCCUAUUUUAAUCGUAGAACAUUUUAAGUUUUUUUCAGGCGUCCUUGAAUACAAAAAUUUGGGAUAGCUUAUACAUAUUCGUUUUGCAGUGACAAAUAUUUUCUUUGUUUCUGAGUCAGUGACUGUCUCAUAGCCAAUAUCUAAAAUCCUCAUCAAUAAAUAAAAUCUAAACCAGAUCUUGUAAAUUACGAUUUGAAAUAAUUAUUUACAUUCAAUUGAAAUAUUAACAUUUUCAGUUUCGUUUACAUUGUGUUAGCUAGUGAUUCCGGAAUUGCCAAGUCUGAAGCCUCUCAGGUGUACAGAUUACAGCAGCGUGUAUCAUUGCAAUUUAAAGAGUGUUUUUCUCUUUUACCAUGCAGAGUUUUCAGGAUGCACAAUGAGACAUGUCUAGGACUAACCUUCAGUGUAUAACCACCGUGACCAGAGAACAGCUUUGUGUUACUGUCUGAAAUCGGAGGUUUGUCUUUGAUAAACCUGCAAGGGAGUACAGUGAGCAGCUAUGAAUAUAUUUUUGUAAGCCAACGAUCUGCUUUAUUGUGAGUGAAUGUGCUUGGUUUCCGGCCUCGAAAUGGACCUCGCCGCUUUAGCUGAGGCUGCACAUUUCUUUUUGUAAGAACCUGUGUAAAUGUUUGUGAGAAAGAGAGAGUUUGUUAAUCUAUCUAGUCUGAUGGUGUUUUGACAAAAAGGUUUGCGUUUACAAAAUGUACAAAUGUUUUAUAGCAUUGCCUUGACUUUGUGUGUGUGUACAUUUAUUUUUUGUGCUUAUGUGUUCUCUUAAAGCAGUGAGUUUGAAUGUUUUGUCUGACAUGCUAUAGUCAUUUUUUUUCCUCAACACAUAAAAUAAAUACAGCAAAAGAGCUUCAGUUACUUUUACACGUGUAAAACCAA